GUUAAAUCCAUUAAUAGACUCUUCUAUGUCUAUCUAAGAAAAAGGAGAUGCCGGAAAAUAUUUUGCCAAGUGAAUUUGUUAUAUAGUCUCCAUCCAAAAAGUAAAUGAAAUCUUAACAAUUAUGAUGGGUUAUAAUCGCCAUUGGGUCUUCUUGAUAUCAUUCUUCACGAUGACAAUCAAUUUUUUUCUAUUCUUUUCUUCAACCCUUGGCAUUGGAAUCGUAAAAAGAUUGCCCAUAAAAUCGGAAGAUGAGGAAUUCGUGCCCAAUAAUGCUAUUAACGAUGUUCUUCCACCACCAAAAAUGAUUUAUGCGAAAGAUGAUUAUGCCAAAGGCUGUAAACUGGCUUCUAAUUUUUACGAUGUUGGAACAUCGUGGAAUCCAGAUUUAGGUCCUCCUUUUGGUGUAUUAUAUUGCUAUAGAUGUACCUGUAUAAAAAAUCCUGUUUUUGAGAAACGCUCCAUUCUACCGACCGUCAUAAAAUGUCACAAUUUUAAGGACACCUGCGCCAAAGUGUAUUGCCGAGCUCCUGUUAAACUUCCCGGAAAAUGUUGCAAAAUAUGCCCCUCCCAAUAUUUUUUCUACCAUGGCUCGCCAGUAGACAAUAGGCUAAAUACAUCGUUUUUCUUUCCCGCUAAAUAUUAUUCCCUCAAAGAUCAUUGGUCGAGGAAAGAUUCUUCAUUCUUCCCGUCUUUAAAGUCCUUACUCAAUUCCGAUGCUAAUUUUAAGCCCUCGUAUUCGGUCAGCAAAAGCAGCGAGCAAAUUCAUUCUAUUACAAAUGGUAAAACAUUUGAUAAAACGGAUUCCAAAAUAAAUACCAUGGAAGAAAGUAAUCGAUUUCAAUCAGACCAAGCUUCGAACUAUGGCAAAAAUGACAAUGAUAUAACUGAACUGUACAGCCUGCUGAUCCCAGAUAAUUUAAACAAAUAUUAUGGUCAGAUUGCAGUAGAAGGUCAAUAUCUAAAUCCGGUUUCAGCCAGAGUUUACGCGUAUAUUGAGAGGCAAAUCUUGUAUCUCACUAUCAAAACUGUCGGUCUAGAAAACCCGUCAAAUAUUUCAUUUUACGAUACUCUGACAAACACUCUGUUAUACGAAAUGCCCGUUCAACGCCUUUAUAAGAAUUUUGACGGAGAGUACAUUUAUAUCAAGAUAUGUUUCAGUGUUUACAAUUUCGAAGAGUUUAUUGCCAGUAGAAAUGAUAUGAUUAAUGGCAAAAUAAAGAUAUCCUUAUCUCAUAUUCCAUUCGCUUCCUAUGCAAACCAAAACGCCAAUCUUAGCAUUUCCAGUACUAUUAUUUCAACGUUAUCCGGUGUCAUCCAAGAUCAUAGAUUCAUUCAAACUGAAUCAUUUUCUUCUAUUUUAACUCCUACAAACUCGGAUAACCGAAUGUACGACUCCUCAAAUGGCGACUAUAAAAGCCGAGCUGGUUUGGUCAUAUUUACCAAAGGAUAUUACGAUCAUGAUACACUUGAUUUUCUCUUCAUUCUUAAAGACAACCAACGUCCAAUCAUAGUCAAUGUUUACGAUGAGCGAGAUUUCAGAGAAAUAACCAUUCGAUUUGUAUGGCACAAGAAUUUUGGUUCAGGGAUCCCUAUGAUCCCUUUCAAACAUAUCACGGGAUACAUUAAUAUGAAAAGCGGAGAAUUUGCUAGUAGUUGGCCUUCCAUCCCAAGAACAACUAUGGGAUUAAUACUUAGCGGAAAUGUCAAAAUAGUCGUCGAAAUAAAGGGGCCCUUUGGACCAUUUCAAUUAAAUGGAAUUAUAUUUGUGAAAACAACUUGUUCUGCCUUAUACGCUUCUUUAACUGGUUACGAUGCAUAUCCUAUGACUCACACAGGCAUGGCUGGUUAUAUACUGAUGAAACUUAAUGAAAACGGCAAACUAGAUUAUAAAAUCCAAGUUUCUAAUGGCAAUAAUAAAGAAGCGAUAAUCAAGACAGUAUCGAUCAUGCCAUACAAUCACAGGCGAAAAAAUUUGGCUAGAUCAAAUUACAAAUAUCCAAAUAACGCAAAAGCUAAAACUCUUAGAAGUGGUUCCAAAAAAAAUAAGAGAAUAAUCGCCGAGAUGGAAUAUAAUCACGCGGACCCCGAAAACAAUAAAGGCUCAUUUUAUAUCUCGUCUAUGACCGUGAUGCAUUUAUUGAUACACAAAGACUUUUACGCGAGGGCCGAUGAUUCAAACGGCAAUAACUUAUUAUCAGGCCCUAUAAAAAUAAUCCAUUUUCCUUCCGAUCCAUUUCAAACAUUUCCUAUCGUACUCAGUAGUAAUAACGUAAAUAGUUUGGCCGCUUACACACUACCAUCAUCAGUUGGAGGUAUACUUUGGAUGCAAAAGCAAAAUUUUAUGCCUCCUAAACACAUAAAUACCUUAGAUACGGAUGAUAGUCAUCAUUGCGAAGUUUUAUACAGAUUAUCUCUUAUAGGUUUGAAUACUCCCGAAAUUGAUUCUAAAAGCGCUGAUUACUUUAAUAAUUACGAGAUUUCGAAGGGUAAAGAUAUGUUGACCAUAAUUUUCAAAAGGGAAUCGUUUUCAGAUAUGUCAACCCAAAAUUUGCUCAUGAAUGGUGUACAGAAUCCUAGUAAAAUUACGGACAGCAUAAUGCAUAUUCAAAACUAUCACAAAUCAUUGGCAUUGGGAAAACUUACACUAGACCAAAAUUGGUGCCAUGAUUUUUCUAGUGGAAACAUAUUUGUGUACGUGCUGACUAAGCAAUACCUCAACGGGGAAAUAGGAUCACAGAUAGUUAUAAAAGAUGUUGCUGAAGAUGAAAAGUUGCCUAAAAUUUCCAGUCAAAAAAUUAUUAAUUAUAAUAAAUACGAAUACUCCAAAUCGACCUUAUACACAAAACCUGCUAAUAUAGAUGCGGAUGUAUUUGAAAUGAGGGAGGAUCACAGCCCAAUGAAUUGUUCAAAGGAUAUAGGCAACCACGUUACAAACAGAUGGAAAUAUUUCGUUUCUAAUUGUCGAAAGUGUCAAUGCAGGAAAAAUCUACUCUUCUGUAAAGCCACGGAGGACGAAUGUCAAGGAAGUGAUGCCUCUUCCUUACAAAAUAAAAAAAAUCUAAGAAUAUACGCCCAAAAAUGUUGUGACGUCAAAAAUAAUUACACCCAAAUUCCUUUUAUUCCAGUUUCCAAAUUAGAUGUUAAAAAGUCAAAUUCCUGCAUCUUUGGUAGCGAUAUUUAUCCUAAAUACGCAAAUUGGAAUCCUAAGGUUCCACCCUUCGGAGUGGACAAGUGUGUUACCUGUCACUGCGGUCCUACGUUGAAAGUCGUUUGCGAAAGGGUUAAAUGCCCAAUAAUGAGUUGCCCUCUCAACAAUGUAGUAUACACAGAAGGAUCCUGUUGCAAAGUUUGCAAAAGCGAUUUGAAUUCCAUCUCGGAUUACAGGAAUGGAGAUGAAGUAGAUAAAAGAAAUCUGGUAGCUAUGGAUGCAUAUAAAGGUUACUCUAAAAGAAGCAAAGAACCCCAAAGAGAUGGACCAUAUUCUAACUACAUUGAAAGUAUGUGUAAAUUUAGAGAAAAGGAAUACUACGAAGGAGAACUAUAUUAUGCUGAGAUAUCUGCCUUCCAAAACAUGCCAUGCAUCGUUUGCAUCUGCAAAUCUUCAAAAUGGGUUUGCAACCGUUGCACCAAAAAGCAAAACCGGAUUAGAAAUUCAACCCAAAUCUAUUCUAAUGGAUUCGAUCACUCAAUAAUGCCAAACAAACAUUUAAAUUAUUCAAUUCCUGUAACAGACCAAGAUCCUAAAUAUAAAUUGAAAGGCAAAACAUCGAUCAAACAAAAUGAUAAUAUUCGAGUUUCUAAGAUUGAACAAAUUAAUAAAUCAAAUAAAAGUAAUAUCCUUCAAAAUACAACAUUGUCGCUUGCUUCAGGGAGCAUAAUAAAAGAUUGGAUGAGAGAAAAAAAAGGGAGACUAAAGACUAGGCCUGGUAAAAAGGGAAAAAUAAAAAAUGGGAAGAAAAGGUGUGGAAAAAGAAAAAACGGCAAAAAAAGAAAAAGAGGAAAAUUUUGCAAAAAGAACAGGAAGAAAAAAGGCAAGAAACACAGAAAAAAAGUAAUGGACAUUAAGAAUGAAUUGCCAGUUAUUGUUAAAAAUUAUUUAAAAUUUUCGAAUUUCACUAGUGAAAUGUAAUCUUGUUCAACUUUACCCUAAGAAUGAAGCUAAUAAUUAAGAUAUAAUAAAAUGGGAGACGUUAUCAUGCUUGAGGUACAUUAUGCUGCAAGCCAUUUCACCGCCAAUAUCAAUGAUUAUAUAUAUUUCCGAUAAAUCCUUAUGUUGCGUUUAUUUCAAAUUUGGAACUAUAGUUAAGUUUUAUAGGAUUUAUAUCACAUCUUACAAUUUA